AUGCAGUCCAUAGCUCUCCUGCUGGUCUCGUUUGGUCUGGUGGUGGUUCUUCAGAAGGUGAUAGCCUUUUGGAAGGCUAUGAAGACUGUCAACUUCCACCCAGGACCUCGUCGAGCAGUAUCUCUGACGGGUACCAUGGGUAGCGCGGUACUUCCACCCUGGCCAGGUCUUGCAGCUGGCUUGAACCACUUGUACAAAGCAAAGAUGAAGCUGUUCAACUAUUACGGAUGGGACGCCUAUGCAGAGGUGUCCUGGUUCGGAAAACCCACCGUCACCUACGUCCUCGCCGACGCCGGCGCUCUCAAAGAAGUCACGUCCAAUCGCCAACGAUUCCAGAAACCUACGGAGAUUUACAGUGUGUUGAAUGUGUAUGGGGAGAAUGUUUUGAUGGUUGAAGGAGAGAAGUGGAAGAAGUAUAAGAAGUUGACUAUUCCGGCUUUUACGGAUAGAAAUAAUAGGCUUGUUUGGUCGGAGACGAUUCGGCUUGUGUUGGAGUUGUUUGAAGAUGUGUGGGGGGACAAAAAGACGAUUGAGGUUAAUAACUUUCUGGACAUUACUCUGCCGAUUACUCUCUUCGUGUUCAGCGGUGCUGGCUUGGGUAACCAUAUGUCAUGGAAAGACGAAGAGAUUCCAAAAGGCCACAAGCUCUCUUUCAAACAUGCGUUGCACCGCGCGUCGUCGGACCUCAUCAUCAAGGCCGCCGUCCCCAGCUGGGCCAUGGGCUUAACCGCGCGUCUGCGGGAAUCGCGACUUGCGUUUGAGGAGCUUGGAGAUUAUAUGAAUGAGAUGCUUCAGGAACGACUUGUCUCGAGGAAUUCUGAAAGACACGAUUUGUUCAGUUUGCUUAUGGCUUCGAGUAUGGAGGAUGCGAAGGAUGGGGAGAGGCUUGAUCGUAGCGAGAUCCUUGGAAAUGCUUUUAUUUUCCUCAUUGCUGGGCAUGAAACGACAGCAAAUACGCUAUGUUUCGCUUUCGCUCUACUCGCACUUUACCAGGAUGAACAGGAGCGCUUGUAUGAGCAUGUCUGUUCGGUUCUGACGGAUAAGCGGAUCCCUACGUAUGCGGAUAUGCCUCUCUUGACUCGAUGCCUAGCAUUCACCGAAACCGAAGGAAUAGCCGUUCUCGCAUUGAUGGUCUCAAAGUACAAAGUGUCGAUUAAGGAGGAGCCGCAGUUUGCUUCGGAGACUUUUGAGCAGCGGAAAGCUAGGGUUUUGAAUACUAAGCUUGAUAUUACUCUCGGGCCUGUCCGUGUACCGCUUGUGUUUACGAGGAGGGAUUAA